AUGGCCACCGCGAUGGAAUCCCCUGUGGCCUUUCCCGACUCCCCCAUGGACCCAGAUGACGCCGCCUAUCCUUGUAAGGGUUGUGGAAAGAUCCUCGAGGAAGGCAAAGCAUUCGAGCUCGCUGGGAAUAGAUGGCACAUUCACUGCUUUGCGUGCAAUACUUGUGGUACCCUCCUCGAUUCUGACGCAAAUCUGCUUCUCCUGGGCGACGGAUCUUUGAUAUGUAACAAUUGCACCUACAGUUGCAGCAAUUGCGGAGACAAGAUUGAGGACCUGGCAAUUCUCACCGGAGAUCAGGCCUUUUGCGCCAAUUGCUUCAAAUGCAGAAACUGCAAGAGGAAGAUCGAAAAUCUACGUUAUGCCAGGACGUCACAGGGCAUAUUCUGCAUGGACUGCCACGAGGCUCUUAUGGCCAGGAGACGCAAAAAGACCGCUAAGAACACCGCACAGCGCUCCAAAAUGUCAAACAACGUCCAGCUCGACAAGUCGUUGCCUGCAAUUCCCCCCCCAGAGGCCAGGAAGACUACCUACAUUCCGGAAAGCCAGUCGUCUCCCUUUCCCGAGGUUUACGCAGAGCCCCCUGCAGCAGGUGCCCCCUCUGUGAGUAAGACGGUCAGCGAACUGCAAGCAGACUCGGACUCGAGGCCAUCCACAUCGGAUCAGAACCAUGCGCGUGAUAUGCUCACGUUACCCUCAACCACCUUCCGCAAUAACCGACAUUCAAUGAUGUCGCAGCGAUCAGAUCUCUCAGGAGGAGGCGAAGAAUUCUUGAUACCGCUUGCCUUUGACCCUACCCCGCAACCUGCAACGCAGUCCCCUAGCAUUCCAAACCAAAUGAUUCAGAAAUCCGUCGAAGAGAAGCCAACCGAUUAUUUCACCAGCAAGUCCACCGCUCCAAUACCCCAGUCGCAAAUUUCCAAAUCCAAUACAUCAAGUCCCCAUAUCGCCUACCAAGAGAAGGGCCGUCUACCCUCAAGAGAAGCUGUUGAGCAAAGCCGCAGAGGAGCAAAUCUGAGCAUAUCUGGCUCUGCCACAGUAUCGCCCUACAUCCCGGUGGAGCGGCCUAAGAAGUCAGAGGGUUCACCUCGUUUAUCGCAGAUUGUUCACUCCAACGAAGCACAACACAACGAAAGAUUCAAACUUCAAGAAGCCCCUAAAUCCAAGAAGUUCUCCGCAUCGACCCCGGGCUCACGUUCAGAGGAUUCAACUCCCAGAGCCGAUGCCCCUACAGAUCCUUUGGAGCAGCUUGCCGCCAAGACAUUGAAUGUCCCGGACAUUGGGUCACCAUCAGACCACGACUACUCGACGCCCCUGCUGUCGAACGAUUCAAGUCCAGCUUAUAGUGGCUCACACGAAUCUCCCAAGCCGGCACAAUUGCCCGCGACAUCGAUCUUACAAAACCUCCCCAAGCGAGGCGACUCUUUGGACAGCGCGAAGCGGAAUCGAACGAUACCUAGGAAAGAACUGGGCACUGCGGCAAAUAUUGGGCCUCCGUCUGGCGGAAGCCUGGUGAACAGCGGCUCGUCCACUCCCAAAGCGCCAGCCGAUCUUGCCAAAGCCAAUGGUGGAAAGAUCAUUUCUGGUCCUAUAAGUUCACCGAACUCAAAAAGUAUCUUCGAUACGGGAGAUGAUUCUCUGAUUCAAGAUCUUCAGGGUGUCACCAAGACAGGUAACGAAUCUUUCGUGGACCCUCGCAUACCUCCUUUGCCACCUUCCGAUCACUCAAGGUCGAGAAACGAAUCCUUCAGCACCCUCCAGUCCGACAAUCAAAGAUAUGUGGAUGGGUUCAAGUCACCAGGUCUACCUAGAUAUUCAGCGGGCGGAGAAUUCACUAUGGAUGAGGAUAUGGCCCGGAUAAUGGGUGGAGAAGAGCCCAGCGCGCAUGAAUCAUUCCUUAGGAGGGUCUCGAAUUCUGUUCGCCAUGGUCGCAGCUACAGUGACAAAACCGGACGGCUUUCGAGGGACCGCUGGCCUCGAUCGCCUGCCAUGCCCAUCUCGUCGAUUGGCCAGGAAAUCAGCAGUCCUAGUACUGCCUCACCGGAAAAUCGCGAUGAACUCGCCUGGUUCAAGAAUGAGCUUCGACGUGAGCGGCAAAAGAUUAUUGAGCGGGAGAAGAGAAUAGCUGAAUUGGAAAUGCAGCUUGACUCGGCCGCAAAUAUCAAGCAGGUAAACGUCGAGCUCAAGGAGAAAAGAUCAACCAUAGUUGUUCUCGAUACACAAAAAGAGAUCGUCAUAAGAGAGUUAGAGGUCCUUACGGAGCACCUGGCUGCUGCCAAGCACAGCGGGGAGCCGUUCGACCUUGGCAGACUGAGCAACGUCGUGCUUCGCGAAUUUGCAGAGGCAUUGGAAAAACUAAAGGACUCGUUCGGGCCUCAGAUCGAGGCUUCAAUCCAGAAACGAAAUGAUUUGGUGGAUGAGAUAGCCAGUCUCACUCAAAUGAAAGAUAAGAGCUUUAUGGAGUUUGAACAGCUGUCUUCGAAGAAUGCCCAGCUGGCUGAGCUUAACAAUCAGUUGGUACACCAGAUUCAAGGCUUGUACAAGGCCAAUUCGGGGGCGCAAGCAGAUCAGCAAAAGUCGGCCAUGAAUGGACUUGGAAUCUAUUCUCACCACAAAGAGAAGUCAAACGUCUCUUUUGAUUCGAGGGAGACACGCAACAUGUCCACCGACUUGACCAAUAUAGAUUCAGCAAGCACUCUACAAGGUGAAGCAGAGCCUGUGACCGUCAUCCAGGGUCCUCAAAUGGUGGACAUCCGCAAAGGCCAACCAAGGAAGUUUGAUUGGAGAAAAGGACAGAAGGUGGCCAAGGGUGUCACGAAAGGUCUGAAAGGGGCGUUCUCCUCAACUCAACAGAACUACAGCCGAGACCUACAGUUUGCGGAGACAGGGGCUUAUGGGUCAACAACUGCCGCUGGUCAAGAAUAUUCAAGUCUGCCGAAGACGAAACCGGAACCUGUCAAACAAAGUGGCUUUGGUUUCUUUAGCACUCAGAAAGUGGCGCCCAAGUCCAACGGUCUGUACGCCGCCCAAGCUAAUGCGAGCACACCGUCUUUGCUUGCAGAAGCUGGCGCACAGUUGUUUGGCUCCGAGCUCGAGCAACGGGCCGAAUAUGAGAAGACCACUGUGCCUAUGAUUGUGAGGAGGUGUGUUGAAGAAGUAGAGUCACGUGGUAUGGAUGUUGAAGGCAUCUACCGAAAAUCUGGAGGCAACUCGCAGGUACAGCAAGUGAAAGACUGGUUCGAGAACCCAUCAAAGGAAUUUGAUCUUUCCGAUCCCGACCUCGACAUCCACGCCGUUACUUCUGGGUUGAAACAGUAUUUCCGACGGCUGCCCACCCCACUUAUCACCUUUGAUGUCUACGAUAAACUGCUCGAUACCACGACGAUUGAGGACAAAGGGAUGAGAGUGGACGCAAUGCAACGAGCGUUAGAGGAACUACCAAGGGUUCACCUUGAGACUCUGGACUUUUUGAUUCGGCACCUCGCACGGGUGGUUCAAUUAGAGAAAGAGAAUCUCAUGACGAGCAUGAACAUCGCCGUGGUGUUUGCGCCGACCAUCAUGCGACCAGAAAGUCUGAGCCGUGAGCUUAGCGACACCAAGAUGAAGAAUGAGGCGGUGAUGUGGAUGGUGGAGAACAGCGAAAGAUUAUUUGGGAAGUGA